CCACUUCAGCGUUUAUUGGCAACAAAAUCCUGAAUAAUAAUGUCAUUUUGGAGGAACAGAACUCGGCGAUAAUGUUACCUACGGCAGUGUCAGUCUUGUUCAGAAAGCACCAAUGUAUCCCUUCUAAAAGUUUUGUUGACACCAAUACGGUUUUGUCGGAUUAUUAUAGGCUACAGAGUAAACACCUAAGGAACUACAAAGGUUAAAAAAGCAAAAAAUGUUGUAACUGAAAUGGAUGUGAAAUCAGAAUCAUGUGGAGAAGCAACAAUAACUAUGUUAUCAUCUGGGUCAUUAAUCAAUAGUGCUCAAGAAACAAAUAUGGUGUCCAAGGACAAGCUAUGCAAUGAUAAAUCAUCAUUAAUCCAAAGUGUUAAUGACACUGAUGUUGUAUCAGAAGUGGGAUCGUUCAGUGAACAACCCAUAUUAAUCAAUAGUGCUCAAGAAACAAAUUUUGAUUUUGAGAAGAGAUCAUGCAGUGAAAUAUUAUCAUUAAUCCCAAAUGCAGAAGAAGCAGAAAAAGUUUCUGAUUCUAGAUCAUCCACUGAGAAACACAUAUUAGUUCAUAGUAAUGAAGAGAUAAAUAAUAUCGAUCUACAGGGGAGAUUGUGGGAUGAAAAAUCUGCAUUAAUUGAAAGUGCGAAAGACACACAGACAAUUUCUCAGGCAAACUCUGCAUUAAUUGAAAGUGUGGAAGACAAGCAGAUAGUUUCUGUGGCAACAUCAUCCAAUGAUAAUCCAGUAAAAAUGCAGACAGUUGUUAAACGGGAAAAAAUUCACCAUUGCAAUAUUUGUGGAAAGUCAUACACAACCAAAAAAAGUUUAAAAGAACAUUCCACCCUCAGUCAUUCAGAUGAAAUUCAAGAAUUAAACAAAUGUGACGUGUGUUCAAAAGUAUUCAAUAGAAAAUCCUAUUUAGAAAUUCACAUGAGGACUCAUAAUGGGGCGAAACCUUACAAAUGUUUGGUAUGUGACCAGGCAUUUAGUGUAAAUAGUUCCCUUAGUUACCACAUGCGUAUUCAUACUGGAGAGAAACCGCAUAAAUGUCAUUUAUGUACGCGAAGUUUCAUCAAGCCGAGUCAUCUUUACCGCCAUUUACGAACUCACAGUGGAGAAAAACAUCACCAAUGUGAUUUUUGCGGGAAGACUUUCUCUGAAAAUUUCAAUCUUCAAACUCAUAUUCGAACGCACAAGGGGGAGAAACCAUUUUCUUGUCAAUUGUGUCCAAAAUCUUUCACCGACAGCAGUUCACUUCGUAAACAUGAGAAAACGCACACUGGAGAACGCAAUUACAAAUGUCCAAUUUGCAGCAAAAUGUUUUUGAGAAAUGACACUCUCAAUGUUCACUUGAAAAUCCACAAUGGUGACAAAUCAUUCCGUUGUGAUAUUUGCCAUAAAACAUUUGUACAAAAAGUUAAUCUUCAGAGUCAUAUCUUGACCCACAAAAAUCGUCAACAUAAAUCCACUAAGAGUUUUGAUAAGUCACAAUCUAGUCUUGGAGAAAACAAAUUAUUACCCAUCUCACUAGCACCAGAUUCGUUACCUGAAUUACCAGAAAUAGUAGUAGAGGGGGGUGAUAUAACUCAUGACAUCAAUUUGUAUGAUUCAGACAAAUAUAAUAUAAACUGAAAUAUAUAAAGUCAAAGGAAAAAUA